AUGGAAGAGACGGAAGAGCUGGACGAGACGAAAGAAAUGGAAGAGAUGGAAAAGAUGGAAGAAAUGGUAGAGAUAGAAGAGAUGGAAGAGAUGGAAGAGAUGGAAGAGAUGGAAGAAAUGGAAGAGAUGGGAAAGAUGGAAGAGAUGGAAGAGAUGGAAAAGAUGGAAGAAAUGGAAGAGAUGGAAGAGAUGGAAAAGAUGGAAGAGAUGGAAGUGAUGGAAGAGAUGAAGGAGAUGGAAGAGAUGGUAAUUAUGGAAAAGAUAAAAGAGAUGGAAGAGACGGCAAAGAUGGACGAGACGGAAGAAAUGAAAGAUAUGGAAGAAAUGGAAGAAAUGGAAGAGAUGGAAGAGAUGGAAAAGAUGGUAAAGAUGGAAUAG